UCGCGCUCAGCCCCGGCCGCGGCUCGCGGGGCAGCUCUGAGGGGAGCGGGCGGCGGCGCGACCCCGACCCCUGCGGCCGCCGCCAUGGCCAGCGUCUCGUACCACAUCUCCAGCCUGCUGGAGAAGAUGACCUCCACGGACAAGGACUUCAGGUUUAUGGCCACCAACGACCUGAUGAUGGAGCUGCAGAAAGACUCGAUAAAACUUGAUGAGGACAGUGAGAAAAAAGUUGUGAAAAUGCUUUUGAAAUUGCUGGAGGACAAAAAUGGAGAAGUACAGAACCUCGCUGUCAAGUGCCUGGGCCCGCUGGUUGGCAAGGUGAAGGAGUACCAGGUGGAAACCAUUGUGGAUACGCUGUGUACAAAUAUGUUAUCAGACAAGGAGCAGCUGCGGGAUAUCUCCAGCAUUGGACUGAAAACAGUCAUCUCCGAGCUGCCACCGGCUGCUACAGGCUCCAGCAUGACAGCAAAUGUGUGCAAAAAGAUCACAGCCCAGCUGACAGGAGCCAUUGGCAAGCAGGAGGAUGUAUCUGUGCAGCUGGAGGCUCUUGACAUCCUGUCAGAUAUGCUGAGCAGACUAGGGGGAACACUCUACUCUUUCCAUUCCUCCAUCCUGAACUGCCUCCUACCCCAGCUGACCAGCCCCAGGCUGGCAGUACGUAAAAGGGCCAUCAUUGCCUUGGGUCAUCUGGUCUUGACCUGCAGUGGAAACGUCUUCUCAGAGCUCACAGAGCACCUGCUUGUUGAGCUGAAGAGGAAUGAGUCUACUUCUACUACCAGGACAUACAUUCAGUGUGUUGCUGGCAUCAGUAGGCAAGCUGGACACCGCAUAGGAGAACAUCUGGAGAAGAUAAUUCCCCUGGUUGUUCAGUACUGUAACGUGGAAGAUGACGAGCUGAGAGAGUACUGCUUUCAGGCCUUUGAGUCUUUUGUGAGAAGGUGCCCAAAGGAGAUUGACCCUCACAUCCCUAAUGUGAUGGGGUUGUGUUUGAAGUACAUCACCUUUGAUCCAAACUACAACUACGAUAAUGAGGAGGAGGAAGAGAUGAUGGAAACUGAAAAUGGAGAGGAUGAAGAGCAAGAGAGCGACGAUGAGUACAGCGACGACGACGACAUCAGCUGGAAGGUCCGCAGGUCUGCGGCCAAGUGCCUGGAGGCCCUUGUCAGCAGCAGGCACGACCUUCUUCAGGACUUCUACAAAACUCUUUCCCCGGUCUUGAUAAGCAGAUUCAAAGAGAGGGAGGAGAAUGUCAAAGCUGACAUCUUCAGCACAUACAUCUCCUUGCUGAAGCAAACAGUGCCGAGCCAGAGCUGGCUGCCUGCGUCAGGGGCCUCUGGCAAAGAUGAUGUUCCUCUGACAAUGCUUCAGAGCCAGGUCCCCAGCAUCGUCAAGGCCUUGCACAAGCAGCUGAAAGAAAAGAGCAUCAAAUCAAGACAGGGUUGUUUCUGCCUCCUGACAGAGCUGGCCAAUGUUCUUCCUGGAUGCUUGGCAGAUCACAUCUCUUCACUUGUCCCUGGUAUUGUUUUCUCCUUGGCUGAUAAAUCCAGCUCCUCCAACAUGAGGAUUGAUUCACUCUCUUUUCUUCAUGUUCUUCUUUGCAACCACCCACCAGAGGUAUUUCAUCCUCAUAUCAAAAUCCUUUUACCUCCCAUUGUGACCUGUAUUGGAGACCCCUUUUAUAAGAUCACUUCAGAAGCUCUGCUGGUUACUCAGCAACUUGUGAAAGUCAUCAGGCCUUUGGACAAAUCCUGCACUUUUGAUGCCAAGCCCUACUUGAAGGACCUUUUCCCUGUUACUCUGAAGCGACUGAAGGCAGCUGACAUUGACCAGGAGGUGAAAGAGCGCGCUAUCUCCUGCAUGGCACAGAUUAUUUACAAUCUGGGAGACCAUUUAAGCAAUGAUCUCCAGCCAACCCUCAAGAUAUUUCUGGAGAGGCUCAAAAAUGAAAUCACCAGAUUGACAACAGUCAAAGCGUUAACCUUAAUUGCCAGUUCUCCCCUUAAAAUAGAUUUGAGGCCCCUUCUAGGGGAAGGUUUCCCCAUUCUAGCUUCCUUCUUGAGAAAGAAUCAACGUGCCUUGAAGCUGAGCACUCUGACUGCUCUGGAUGUCCUGGUGAAGAACUACAGUGACAGCCUCAAGCCUUCCAUGAUAGAGUCUGUCCUAGCAGAGCUCCCUGCCCUAAUUACUGAGAACGACAUGCAUGUUUCCCAGGUGGCUAUCGUGUUCCUCACCACUUUGACUAAGGUUUAUCCAUCCUGCAUCUCCAAGAUCAGCGGUUCGGUUCUUGCAGAGAUCCUUCAGCUUGUGCACUCGCCUUUGCUUCAGGGAGGGGCGCUGAACGCCAUCACAGACUUCUUCCAGGCCCUGGUCCUGACGCAGACAGCGGCCGUGGGCUACUCAGAGCUGGUGCAGCAGCUGACAGCCCCCGUGUACCGCCCGGGCCCGGCCGCGGUGCACAAGCAGGCGUAUUGCUCUGUCGCAAAGUGCGUGGCAGCCCUUUCCGCAGCCUGCCCGAAGGAAGCCCCUGCCACGGUGAACCAGUUCAUCCAGGAUGUAAAGAGCCCCAAGUCCAGCUCUGCUGUCCAAGUGCUAGCUUUGCUUUCACUGGCAGAGGUGGGGCGUGCCACGAGCCUCAGUGCUCAGCGGGAGCUCAAGGCGGUCAUCCUGGAGGCGUUCACUUCCCCCAGCGAAGAGGUGAAAUCCGCCGCGUCCUACGCGCUGGGCAACGUCAGCGUCGGGAACCUUGGGGAGUAUCUCCCCUUCAUGCUGAAGGAGAUUGGAAGCCAGCCCAAGAGACAGUACCUCCUGCUGCACUCUCUGAAAGAAGUCAUCAGCGCCUGCCCGGCUGACAGCCUCAGACCUUACGUGGAGGAUAUCUGGGCUCUGCUUUUCAAGCACUGUGAGUGCACAGAGGAAGGGACACGCAACGUGGUGGCUGAAUGCCUGGGGAAGCUGACUCUGGUGAACCCUUCUGAGCUGCUGCCCCGGCUGAAAAAGCAGCUGCCAUCAGGCUCUCCUCAUGCCCGGAGCACGGUGGUAACUGCAGUCAAAUUCACAAUUGCAGACCAGCCUCAGCCCAUUGAUGCUCUCCUGAAGGGCUGCAUAGGUGACUUCUUAAAAACUCUCCAGGAUCCAGACCUCAAUGUUCGACGUGUGGCUUUAGCCAUGUUCAAUUCUGCUGCUCACAACAAACCGUCUUUAAUCCGGGAGCUCCUGAAGGCAGUUCUGCCCAGCCUGUACAGCGAGACCAAGGUCCGGAGGGAGCUCAUCCGGGAGGUAGAAAUGGGGCCAUUCAAGCACACAGUGGAUGAUGGCCUUGAUGUGAGGAAAGCUGCUUUUGAAUGCAUGUAUACCCUGCUGGAGAGCUGCCUUGACCAACUGGAUAUCUAUGAGUACCUGAACCACGUGGAGGAUGGGCUGAAGGAUCACUACGACAUCCGGAUGCUGACGUUCAUAAUGCUGGCUCGGCUGUGCACACUGUGUCCCAACGCCGUGCUGCAGCGGCUCGAGCGCCUGAUUGAACCACUCCGGGCAACCUGUUCCACAAAGGUGAAAGCUGGUUCUGUCAAACAGGAGUUUGAGAAGCAGGAUGAACUGAAGCGAUCUGCCAUGAGAGCCGUAGCUGCUCUCCUGACCAUCCCUGAAGUAGAGAAGAGCCCAGUGAUGGCCGAGUUUUCAUCUCAGAUCAGAGCCAAUCCCGAAAUGGCAUCACUUUUUGAGAGCAUUCAGAAGGACUCGGCUUCCCUGCCCACCUCAGAGUCAAUGGACAUGAGCUAAGUGAGACCCGCCUGCUCACUCCAACACCUUCCUGCCCUUGGGAUGCAGUAACCAAGCAGAGACCCCGCAGCGAGCUGAAGGGCAGCCCCUGGAGCUGGUCUCCACCGCAGCACCCCCGGGAGCACAGGCAGGUUCCAGCUGCACCAGGCGCCUCACAGAGCUGUAAUGGGCCAUCAGGGAACCACAUCCCUUGGUCAGGGAGGGGUUGGAAGAUGAGUGUUCCCACUUUCCAGCAGGACUGUAAGAGGCACACAAAGCCAUCCAAACUGAGCAUGGCUCCAUGGAAAAGGGACUUCCUGAAAUAUUUCCUUACAACAGUACGCAGUUAAACAUUGUUUCUGUAACCACUGCACGUGCACUUUCUACCCCGAUUGCCUGAAGAAUUUAUUUCAAUUGUUUUGCUAAACAACACGGCUGAAGACUAGAGGUCACAUCUUUAGUGAGUGAUGAGCAUCGUCCCCACAGGCUCCCUGUGCACGAGCCAAGCUGCAGGCUCUGCACGAGGGCACUGACAGCUUCCCAUUGAUGACACUUUUGGGAGACAUGCAGGCAUCCUGCUUGAUUUCUGAUUUUAGUUUUGACUGCAAAAUACCUCAACCAGUCUUUAAAGAGAGGAAGGCUCAGCUGGCUGCAUUAGUGACAAACCUCACACCAUGCUUUUCUUUGCAUUUAAUGCUAGUUUCUCUUUCCCCUUCAAGCAGCUCAGGGUUUGACCUACAGCAAGCUCUGCUCACGAAGCAGGGGCAGGACAGCUGGGGCUCAGUUGCUUAUCACCCAAACGAGAGGUCAAAGUCAGGAGCUGGAGGUGGUCACACACACAGCCCCUUGCACUACAGCAGCAGCCAUGCACCAACCCCACCUUGCACAGGGGAAAAAAGCCUUCAGAGACAGAGAGGGUGUAACAGACGAGAAUAGCCCUGUGACACAUCUUGUAGCCACGGAGCCACACUAAGCUUUCACUUCUUUCCUGACGGAGUGCUUGAUGUGAAAAGUAUUUACAGUUCCGUGUGAAAGAGUGGUGUAAGAAAUAAAAACACACCAAUGAAA